AAAGCUUAUUGUAAAUUGCUAAAUUCUAAUUUAAAUAAUUUGUGAUUAUUAAAAACAAUUCUCGUGUACUACUCAUAUAAAUCGAAUGUAUGUUUAAUAUACUUAUACGAGAUGGACGAAGCGCUUGACUUACAGAAUGUAUGCAGAGCGUGCUUAGCGAAUGGAGAACCCUUGAAGGACUUGUUUUCCGUGUGUUCUUCCGAUGUAUUUAAGUACUGUACGUCUAUUGAGAUUUCCGAAAGUGAUCCCUUGCCGAAACUAAUAUGCCAAUCAUGUCUAGACUUAUUAAACCAGCUGUAUUAUUUCAAACAAGUGGUUUCCAGGUCCAAUUCUAUACUGAGGCAACAGUUAAAGGUGAAGGAUGAAGGUCAAUCUACGGAAAAUAAUAUAAAUGAUGUGCUAGCCGAGCAGGGCCUUCAGGAAGACUCCUCAUCAAGUCCUGAAUCCAGUGAGCCAUAUGAGGAAGCACCAAAAAAGAGAAAAAAACGAGUGUACAGAAAAACUACAGAACAAUCAAGUAAAAGGGACCGCAUGAAAUGUGUUAAGUGUGAUAAGAGAUUCCAAAAGUAUGAGACCCUGGAGGCUCACAUGCGGAGCCACUUUGGAAAGAAGCCAGACAUCAAAUGCAGCGAGUGUGACAAGACGUUCCUCACGUUCCGGAGCCUCACCAGCCACUCCCGCACCCACUCCGGAGUCAGGAAGUACCAGUGCCUGACCUGCGGCAAGGACUUCGCUUACCUCAACGUGCUGAAAAAUCAUGAGUUGAUACAUGCUGGGAUUAAGAAGCAUGCCUGCCAUUUGUGCGAUGCUAAGUUUGUGCAGGCGCAUAAUUUGAAGAUGCACAUAGAAACGCACAAGAACGAGAGGAACUACGGCUGUUACCAGUGCGGCAAAAAGUUCGCGCAGCCCGGCAACCUCAAGAUACAUCUCAUACGGCACACGGGCAUCAAAAACUACGCCUGCACACAGUGUGACAUGAAAUUCUACAUCAAGGCAGAUUUAGUGAAGCACAUGCGAUCUCACUCGACCGAGAAGCCGUUCUCGUGUCAGCUGUGCGACAAGACGUUCAAAAGUAGGAGUUUCAUGGCGAUACACAUGAGAACACAUACAGGCGAGCGCCCAUACGCCUGCGACCUCUGCCCCAAGAAGUUCAUGGCCCGCAAGGACCUCCGCAACCACCGCAUGAUCCACACCGGCGAGAAGCCCCACAAGUGCCAGCUCUGCUCCCAGGCAUUCAUACAGAAGUGUGCUUUGAACAGACACAUGAAAGGACAUAUGAGGGACGACCGGCCGACGAUUCCGGACCAUGCGCCGCUCGCUGUCACUUACGAGUGGAGGAACGAUACGUGAUUGUGGAGGUAAAGCAGCAUCCUCUGAGAG